AUGACUGAAUCCAAUAAUGUUGAAACUACAACUCCUACAACAGUGGUGAUCCAACAAGACUCACACUCCACAUUGAUUACAUUGGACGACUACAUUAGCAAAGCAUUACCAUAUCAUUUACAACGACAAUUUCAAUUGAAUGCAGCAUCCCAAUCAAAGAAUUGUGAAACUAAAUCCCCCAAUGAUAAUUUAAAUGACUUGAAAAUACCCGUUGUCAAGAAUAAAGAUAUAGGGAGUACAGGUGGUUCAGGCGCUAAUGAUAGUAACGACCCAAGUGUUUCUAUCAAUUCCAUCCUGGAGAAGACAUACUAUAAUGUGGAAACACAUUCUCCUGAAUCUUUGGAUUGGUUCAACGUCUUGGUUGCACAGACAAUUAAUCAAUUCAGACAAGAAGCAUUAGCUUCAGAUAAUAUAGUCAAUUCACUCAAUAGCUUCCUACAAAAUGCAGAACUACCAGAUUAUUUGGAUAGAAUAAAGAUCACAGAACUGGAUAUAGGUGAUGAUUAUCCAAUCUUUUCAAAUUGUC